GAGGAGGAGGAGGAAGAAGGGAGGAGAGAGUCUUCGUUCAGCUUAUCCACAACUGAGAGGAAGAAAAGCUUCCGAUAAUGCGGACGAAGCUUCACUAGUCGAGGAGGAAGAAGAAGAAGAAGAAGAAGAAGAAUAUGGCUCUCUUCUGCUGUCACCGCCCCCUCACGUCUCUCCCUUCGCCUUCCAUCUGGCCAUCUCCUCCUCUCGCCGUCGCUGCUGCCUCAGUUUCUAGGUUGCCCAUCAAACCCAUUAACCUGCCUCCAACUUCCCUAUCCCACUUUGCCCCUCUCUCAAUCAGCAAAAGGGGCUGCUACCUUUCCAUCAGAGCUGCUUCUGAUGUCGACGGUGUGGGGCCCACAGCUGAUGGUGCCGAGCCUCCACCGGAGAGCAAGGAGGAGGCCAAGCCCGUCGACAAGCUGCCUCUUGAGUCGAAGCUGCAGGAGAGGAUGGAGCAGAAGAUGAGGAUGAAGAUGGCAAAGAAGAUCCGGCUACGGAGGAAGCGGCUCAUGAGGAAGAGGCAUAUGAGGAAGAAGGGCCGGUGGCCGCCUUCAAAGAUGAAGAAGUUGAAGAAUGUGUGAUCAAAUCCUCUUCACCUCAAUGGCCAUUUCGAGUUCGACGGAUUCAUAUUUUGGUUCAUUCCCCGAGUUAGCACACUCUUGUCUGAUGUAAUGUUUUGUAUUCAGUAAAUUCGACCGUUUUCGAGAUUUGUUAUACCAAUCAGAUGAAGUGAGGCAAUCUCCUUGAUAAAUCAAAUGGGUAAUUCAAUCA